UCCCACAUGUUCAUUGUGAACAAAAAUCAUGGCUGGUUUAGAAUUGCUUUCUGAUCAAGGUUUCAGAAUAGACGGUCGUAGAUCUCACGAAUUAAGAAAAAUACAAUGUAGACUUGGUGUAUUCAAACAAGCAGAUGGUUCUGCUUACAUAGAACAAGGAAAUACUAAAGUUUUGGCCGCAGUAUACGGCCCACAUGAGGUGAAAGGAAGUCGAGCAAAGAUGUUACAGGAUAAAGUAUUGGUUAAUUGUCAGUACAGUAUGGCUACAUUUAGCACAGGAGAAAGAAAACGUAGACCAAGGGGAGACAGGAAAUCUACAGAGAUGACGAUGCAUUUAAAACAAACGUUUGAUGCUGCUAUUAUUACAAAUUUAUAUCCUAGAUCACAGAUUGACAUCUAUGUUGAGGUAUUGCAGUCUGAUGGCGGUAAUUAUUGUGCCAGUGUAAACGCUGCUACUCUAGCUUUAAUAGAUGCUGGUAUUCCAUUAAAAGACUAUGUUUGUGCUUGUUCAGCUGGUUUUGUUAACGACACACCUAUUGUUGACAUCAGUUACCUAGAGGAGUCAGGUGGGGGACCAGAACUUAUUGUCACAAUCUUACCUAAAUCAGAACAAAUUGUUUUUCUCGAGCAGAACUCGAGGUUACAUGAAGACAAUUUAAGUAAAGUGUUGGAUGUAGCAUCUAAAGGUUGUAAAGAUAUUUAUGCUGUUUUAGACCGAGCUGUUAGAGAUCAUGUUAGCAAAGUUUCUAAUGUAGCUAACACAACUGAAUAGACUUUUGUUGUUAUAUGCAUGUAUGGAUACUGCACAAAGAAAUACAGAAAAUUUUGAAAAACA